CCGCACAUCUACUUCCCACACCCCACAUCACCAGCAACAUCAAUAUCUCCAACCUCCACAAUGCGUUCCUCCAUUGUCUUUGCUACCCUCUCUGCCUUCGCUCUGGGCGCCUCUGCUCAGAGCAACCCGGCCACUCAGUAUCUCACUGAGACCAACUCUCUCGGUGUUGUCACUGGCCAGCCCUCUGUUGUUACUUCUCAGCCCGCUGCCGUCACCUCUCAGCCCUCUGUUGUGACUUCCCAGGAGCCUGCUGCCUCCAUCCCCGCUGGUCUCACCUCCCCCGUUGUCAACGUGACUGGGGGCACCACUUUCACCUCUUCCGUCAAGGUCACCAGCACUGGCACUUCUACCGCUACUGACUCGACCAAGACCUCCACUGAGACCACCGAGAGCGUCUCAACCAUGACCUCCACCUCCACCGGCACUUCGUCGCCCAGCUCUAGCGGUGCCUCCAGCUCCAGCGGUGCCUCUGGCUCCAGCUCCAGCUCCACUGGUGGCGCUGCCAUGGCCACUGCUGGCCUCGGCAUGUUCGCCGGUGCUGCCCUGGCUGUCCUUGCU